UAUCCAAUAACAAUCAUGGCGUCAAAAUGUUUCCUCACGGCAAAUCGGGCUCUGAUUGCCAAGAAAAUCCCCUUCAGCACGAGGAGACUCAGCGGAACCCCGUGGACGAAGGAAGGCAUCAUAAAGUCUCCCUUGAAACCGAUAGAAGUCCCGAAUUGCACCGUGCAUGAAUAUAUUUGGCAGAAUUUGGAGAGAUGGUCGGAUCGGACGAUGGCGAUAUGCGGUUCAACCGGUAGAGGCUACACAUACUCACAAGGCUACCAAUUGUCCUCGGCGUUCGCGGCCAACCUGCGGAACAAGCUCGGUGUCCGCGACGGCGACGCCGUGGCCGUGAUGCUACCCAACGUGCCCGACUACCCCCUUGUUGCCUUGGGUAUAUUGGGCGCGGGAGCUGUCAUUACUAGUAUCAACCCUAUUUAUACGGCCCACGAAGUCCAACGUCAACUGUUACUCUCCGACGCCAAAAUCAUCGUCACGCUCCCAGAAACUGUAGAAAUCGUAAAAAACGCCCUAAAAAUGGCCAAACUAAAGCUACCAAUCAUUGUAGUUAAAACCUAUGAACCCAUACCAGAAGGCACAAUACUCUUCAACGAACUAAGCGAAGCAAACGUAGACUUGUCAUGUUUGAAAGAAGUAAGGAGGAGCGCUACAGAUGUGUGUUUUCUACCAUAUUCUAGUGGUACUACGGGAGUGCCUAAGGGAGUGGAAUUGACCAAUGAGAAUCUAGUGGCUAAUAUGGAACAGAUCAAUGAUCCUGUGAUAAGGACGCAUAAUGAUACUACAGCAUCUCACCAAGACUCCGUCAUGGCGGUGCUGCCCUUCUUCCACAUCUACGGAGCCGAGGUCAUCAUGUUCCACAAGUUGUCCCAGGGCGUCAGGCUGGUGACCGUCACCAAGUUCCAUCCUGAAGUGUUCCUCGACGCCCUGGGGACGCAUAAGGCGAAUCUUUUAUUCGCGGCUCCUCCUAUAAUACUGAUGAUGGCGUCGCACCCAGCCAGCUCCUCGAAGAAGCUGCAACACCUGGAGGUCAUCAUCAACGGCGCGGCACCCUUGGCCGCCGCCGACGCCGAUAGGUUCAUCCAAAAAGCUGAGAGGAAAAUGGACUUCAGGCAAGGCUACGGCCUCACAGAGACAUCGCCCGUGGUCACAAUGACCCCUAGAGGCCUCGACAACUACUCGUGUGUUGGCCUCCCCAUGCCCAACACGGACCUUAAGAUCGUGGACCAGAACCUAAAGAAUAUGGGACCUAAUGAGAAAGGCGAGCUCCUGGUCCGAGGGCCUCAAGUCAUGAAAGGAUACAAGGACAACGAGAAAGCGAACAAGGAGGCCUUCACAGAUGAUGGCUGGUUCAGAACAGGAGACCUGGCAGUUGCUGACGACCAGGGGAUAGUGACCAUAGCUGACAGACUUAAGGAGCUUAUCAAGGUCAAAGGCUUCCAAGUACCCCCAGCAGAGCUCGAAGCAGUCCUACGCGACCACCCAUCCGUCGCCGACGCAGCCGUCAUAGGCAUACCUCACAAAGCCCACGGAGAAGUACCCAAGGCGUUUAUCGUCCUGAAAAAAGGACACGAGGCCCAGCCGGGAGAUAUAAGCGGAUUUGUAAAGGAGAGGGUGGCCGAGUAUAAAAGGAUUAGUGACGUGCAGUUUGUGGACAGUUUGCCGAAAAGUGGCACGGGAAAGAUAUUAAGGAGGGAACUCAAGGAAAAAUACACGUGAUUUAGAAGUGGUACAAAAUGAUUUUUAAAAUAUUUUAACCCUUAAGGGCCUUCGUCAACUUGUGCGAGUAUACGGAACGGGAGGGCGGGUUAACGAAAAAUAGUAUAAGCAACGCUACCUGGGCUAUAACCGCGAAAAUCGAAGUUCGCAAAUUGCGCGCCUUUUUCUCUGUCACUCUAAUUACGCCUUCAUUGGAGUAAAAGAGAAAGAUCCCCGCAAUUUGCGAAUUUCGGUUUUGGCGGUAGCCCCUCUGGCGCGGAUGUGUGCGACGGAUUUUAUCUACAAUGGCACCCGCGUGCGUGCAUUCGUUCAAGUCGUCAAAGGGAAUGGCCUAAGCUUGUACAAAAUUGUAAGUACCUAGUGCAUAAUUGUUUUCCAUCGUAUUUUCUCGGAAACGUUCGUAUUUGUCAUGCUACUUCAAUCAACCUAAGUACUUUUUGUACAGAGACUGACUGAAAUAGCAAGACACGUUCGUACGUUUCCGUGACAAUACGACGGAAAAUAAUUACGCACUACAUCUGUAUGUAUAGUGACUAUAUACUAUAGUCUGUCAGGCCAAGCGCGCACCACGACUUUUUGUCGCGCGAUAAUUUAGUCGCAGAAAUGUAACGUAUGUGUUAUAUAUGGCAGUGCGCGCAUAUGCGACAAAUAAAUCGCAGCGAUUUUAAAAUUGUGAUUUGUCACAUUUUUCCGCGACUGCUCGCGACGCGAUUGUCGCAAAGUGAAUUGCAGCAUACGGAGCUGUAUGGCCCCGCGCGCACUGCAAUUAUAAAAUCGCACCCCGGGCCUCAGUCGGCAUUUGGCUUUCCAAGCGUCAACAUAUCGGAACCUGCUUCUCCAAUGGAACCACAAGAUGAGACGCUAGAUGUUGACCGUUUAAUUAUGGAAAUAGGAGAUCACCUAAGAAGACACGUUUCACGACAAGCGACUGGUACGAAAUUCAUGUUGAGAAUGAACAAAUAGACGACUUUUUCAUCGCAGUGCGCGCAGUGGAUUUUCUGCGAUAUAUUACAGCGCGAUUCUAAAAUCGUGUCGCAAAAAUUUAAAUCGUGGUGCGCGCUUGGCCUCAGUGACAAAAAAGAGUAGAAAUUAUUAAGUGGCAAUACUAUAGUGUCGUCCCUUUCAAAUCAAUACAUAUAAGAAAACGGACGACACUACCGUAUUAUACUACUUAUUAAUUCCUACUCUUUCUUGUCAGACUAUAUGCUGAGAGCAGAUUUAAGCAAAAGCAAAGUAAGUAAUCAAAAAUGAUUAUCACUUGUAUCGUAAAUAGUAAAUAAGAGAAAAUGCAUUAU